AUGGGGUAUAUAGGUUCCCAUGGGGUUGCGGCUCUGCAUAGGUACAAGUACAGUGGGGUGGAUCACUCUUAUUUGGCCAAAUAUGUGCUGCAGCCCUUUUGGAGUCGCUGUGUUAAUUUCUUCCCUCUUUGGAUGCCAGUAAGGAGUUUCAGACAGCGAAACAACUAUGUUGUGUGCCAGAUUCUGAUCAGCCUUUACUUUCCUGAACUUGUUAACCAGAUUUAUUCACCUCAUUUGGACUCACCUCCGCCAAGAUGGGUUCAUUUUGCUCAUGGAUUGUUGCUCUUCUUGUAUCAAACUUUUGACGCAGUUGACGGAAAACAAGCUAGAAGAACAAGUUCCUCUAGUCCAUUGGGAGAACUUUUUGAUCAUGGUUGCGACGCUCUUGCAUGCGCACUUGAGGCGUUGGCCUUUGGAAGCACUGCUAUGUGUGGACGCUAUACCUUCUGGUUUUGGGUUAUAUCUGCUGUUACUUUCUACUGUGCUACAUGGGAACACUAUUUUACCAACACGCUCAUCCUUCCUGUUAUAAAUGGACCUACAGAGGGCCUUGCGUUGAUAUAUAUGAAUCAUUUCUUUACAGCUUUUGUUGGUGCUGAGUGGUGGGCACAAUCUUUUGGAAAAUCCAUUCCAUUCCUGAGUUGGUUGCCAUUUAUAAGUGAGGUCACUAUGUACAAAGCUGUUUUAUUUCUUAUGAUAACUUUUGGCGUCAUACCAACAGUUGCAUGCAAUGUAAACAAUGUUCAUCAGAUUGUUAAAGCAAGAAAAGGAAAUAUGCUGCUAGCGCUGGCUAUGCUUUAUCCUUUUGUUGUGCUAUUAGGUGGAGUUCUUGUGUGGGAUUACAUAUCUCCCAGUGAUGUAAUUGGUAACUAUCCCCAUCUGGUCGUAUUGGGUAGUGGGCUCGCAUUCGGGUUUCAAGUGGGAAGGAUGAUACUUGCGCAUCUGUGUGAUGAACCUAAAGGCUUGAAAACAAACAUGUGUAUGUCAUUGUUUUACCUGCCUUUCGCCAUUGCAAAUGCUCUCACUGCUUUGCUAAAUGAUGGAGUUCCUUUGGUAGAUGAGUUCUGGGUUCUUCUUGGUUUCGUUGUAUACACAGUGUUUCUAUACCUCCAUUUUGCAACUUCAGUUAUCCAUGAGAUAACAUCAGCUUUGGGAAUCUACUGUUUCAGAAUAACGAGGAAGGAAGCUUGA